AUGUCUACCCAUACCUUGCCUCAUUCCUGCGUCCCGUCAGCCUGUCCAGGGGGACCCCCAUCGGGGGCCGCUCCCGGGCCUUACAAUGCUCUUCGGUUUGCACGGGACCACUUGAAGGAUAGGAAAUCGACGAUUGACACGUGGACGCGGGAAGGUAUUGCUCGCGUUGAAGAAAUCCUUGGGGAAGGAUGGAACCCGGCAGAAUGGGUCAAGAUCACAGCGUUGGCUGGCGCAGAUGGACGUCCGAAAGCAGCACGUCUUUGCGACUUCUACGAGAUAUGCUGGGACUCUGGAGUCUACGACGGCGCAUUUAGCGGUGGCGGACAGUACCGGCCGGGUGGCGACUUUGGGCUUGACGUUGAGGAGAACCAGGCGCUUGGCAUGGCGAUACAAGUCAUCGAAGCCGAGGACGACUACUGGCGUGGAGUAUCGGAGCGGGAACUGUUGAAGAGAGCCGGUGGACUUGCGGGAAUGGAUUUAUCCGUUCUCGACCGUGCUUGCGAGCUGCUCAGCGAGAUCGAGCGUAUUGAGGACCAAGCCGCUGAAGCCGUAGACGAAUUGUUGGGCAACUCUCCCAUCGAAACACGCGGUCAACUUGGCAUCGACGGCUUACCGAUCGCUUGCGACACGCCGGAGAAGAAGAAACUUUGGCUGCAUUCGAGGUCUCUGCUUCAAAGAGCCCGCGAUUCAAGGGUCGCAGCGGGAUUGGAGAUUCGGCAGUUUGGUUGGGAGCAAGGGUACUUCAUGGGACGGGAAUGGAUGCGAGGCGCAAGUCCCGCAUUCAUUAUGACCAUUGCUGGAAUCAUCUCGACGAUCUUUGCCACCCGGGCGGGAUACAAGGCAGAGUCGUCCCUUCCAGGGGAACUGCAUUAUCUCCGUCGACUCAUAGGAUCGGGGCGAUUUUAUGAGAGCGAAUGGAUCCCCGUGCUGGAUAUGUUUCGUCGUACCGAUGGAGUAAGGCUCGCAACUACCUUGUCAAAAUUGCAAGAUGCAAAACGCCUACCGGAGGCAAGACAUAGGUGGGCGGACAUCGCUUCCCGCGCUCGAGAAUUGUGGACGGGAAAAGGAGGAGCGGUAUCAAUGCCAGUAGCCUUCGACUCCAGCAUCGCCAACGCCGAUCCCGAGGUAGCGCUGCGCGGUCUUCGCAACUUAGCUUCGAGACCGCUGAUCAGCGCUGGAAGGGAAGCUCUGCGGGCCCAUAUCGGGGAGAAGCUCGAUAUCGUUGUCCAUACCGAAACUUGGGCGGCAUACCUCAGCGAGCUUUGGCAACUUCGGCUCGGUACAAUGGAUGGCCGGACUUUUGGAUCACGCUGUCGUCUACGCGAGAAGGUCCUAGCACGGGUGAUUGGGAAGAUGUUCAGUGCGCGGGAGGUGGGGACUUACGUCUGCCAGUUUCACUAUCCUACCCUGGAUAGUCAAAUCGGAGAGCAAGUUGUUGAGUGCGAAUCUCAAAUCUUGGAAGAGAGAUUCCGGUGGUCGAAACCGGCCUUGACGGAAGAGAUCGACCUCGACAACGAUGCACUGCGCAAGGAAGCCCUGGAAGCGGAGCAACGGGUGGACAGGGAGCUACGGGGAGGCAACAAAGAUGUUCGUAAAGCUGACCGACAAAGUGCGGAUGUCGAGAGUCAGAGCGACAGUGAUGUUGAUAUGGGGGGUAUCGGUACCGGCGGGAAUGGAAAAACAGACCGCGGGAACGAAACCCCAUCCAUCAAGGAUGUCGCCGACAUAGACAUGGGAGAUGUGGACACCGACGUCGCGGAUGGCCCGACCGGCGACGACGACUUGCCAGCUGUGAAUGAAGAAUGGGUUCCAGAAGCGAGCGAUUUCGUCUACGAAUUAGAUGAUCCCAAAACCCUUUAUGCGGGUCUCUCGAGGAAGGAGAAGCGGGAUAUGCCCGUGUGGAACUCGAUGGCAGACCCGGACUGGCUUCCUGAAGCUUUUGUGGGACCGGGCAGCCUUCCGAAAGGAUCGAACGCCCAGCGCAAUGUUCAGCAAGCUGCUCACGAGCGAACAAAACAGGUCGGGCACUACGUCGAGAUGCAGAAGAGCAAGCACGUCGAGAUUGCUGAACGGACGGGAAGAUUCUCCGUGACUUUCACAACGGGCGCUUUCUCGGAGGGAACAUCGUCUAUCCUGAUUUUCGAAUCGCCGGGAAUAAACGCCGGACGGAAAUAUCUGCAGCGGAUGGGAGACAUCUUCGCGAGAGCUGUUUAUCCUGCAGCGCGGGAUAUGGAUCGUCGAAUUCGAGAAGUAGAAGAGCCCGGUUCGACAGCUGGGAUGACAUCGCCCUGGGAAGACGUAGCGGGAACCGAGUCGGAAGGUCAGAAGGACUCCGAAGACGACAAAGACUCUGACGAUGAUGACGAGAUCGCAAAGGAUACGGUCGACAACCGAAAGAGUGAGACAGCGAGUGAAAGCGGGAAGGAAGAAAGAAAGGUCGGGGCUCACGGGAAGGGAGGAAGGCCGAAGCCCAAAAAGAACAAGAAGUAG